AUGACCCUACAGUACAAUAAUCAAGUUGAUGUUAUGGAUCUUCAAAAAGCUUGCAGACUAGGCUCUCUCCUAGAAAUUAAAAAAGCUUACAGUGCAGACCCCGAAAAACUAAACAAAAAAGACGAAAGUCUUGGCUGAACUCCCUUAUAUCGUACAGUCAUUUGUAACCACAUCAAAGCUACUCAAUUUCUCCUUAAACACGGAGCAGAUCCCAAUCUCCCAAACAACCUCGGUGAAACUCCUCUGCACCAAACUGCAGAUAACUCUCAAUACGAAAUUGCAGAACUUUUAUUAACAUAUCACGCAGAUCCUAAUUUGCAACAAAACGACGGAGAUACCCCUCUUCAUCAUGCAGCCUUUCGCGGCGACGAAAAAAUGGUUGAGCUCUUAUUAAGAUAUCGAGGAGACCCAAACAUUCAGAAUUUUAUGUUUGGAAGAUCCCCUUUACACUAUGCAGUUGACUGCGGGCAUAUAAGUUCUGUUAAACUGCUAAUGAAAUAUGGUGGGAAUCCUUUUCUGCCAGAUCGGCAAGAAAAGCGACCGAUUGAUUUAGCACAAAUAAAAGAGCUACAGAAUACACUUAAUAAUGGAGAAAAAGAAAGCGAAAGCGAAAUAAUUUUUUUUGAUGAGGAUAAGUUAGAGCUAGGAGACACAUUUGGAAAAGGGAAAACUUUAAAUGAUUCUCAUGAAAUUGAAAACUACGAAGCCCCAACGCCACCGAUUCCUCAGAAUUUUAAUUUUGAGCCUGAUUCAGAGCUAAGUGUGCUUCCAAAACAAAAUUCAAAUAAAUUAAAGCCUAUUUAUAGCUGAUUAGAAAGUAUAGAACUGCAAGAAUUGUGUGAUAUUUUGUGUGAUGCAGGGUAUGAUGAUAUUGAAAGCUUGAUAGUACAGAUGAAUAGUGCAUACCCAAUUACAAGGGAUGAGCUAGAAAGGAUUGGGAUCGCAGCUCCUGGGCAUCAGUAUAGGAUUAUCAUGAAAUUAGAAGAAGACGCUUGUAUUUGUCCAAAAGUGCUUUCUCUUAAAUCUAGAAGUAUAGGUGCAGAAAGUUUUUGAAGAUGCUGCAAUACUCCAAAUAACGCGACAUUGGGGCCUCCUUUAAAUAUGAAUCUUAAAGAGUGGCUGAGGAGUUUAAAGCUAGAAGAACUUUAUAAUAUUUACGUUAAAUAAUACAAUAAUGUUAAUUAUUUAUAUUUUAUUGAGAUUAAUAUAGUCAAUAAUAUAGUCACUUCAUUGAGUCUGGAUUUGACGAUUAUGAAAUGCUGAUUAAACAAAUGUUUUCAAGAUACCCAAUAAAUGAUGAAAUGCUAAAAACUGAAGUGGGCAUUUCAAAACCAGGCUAUAGGAAUAGAAUUUUGGCAAAAUUGCAAGAAGAAGUAAAAGUAAUUGAAAAAAGAGAAGGAAUUGUGAUUGAAAAUACCUCGAAAAAUGCGUCUUGCGAAAUGUGUAUUAUAGUCUAA